GGUAAUUGUGAGAACAGUUUUCAAUUAAAUGCCAACUUAUUAUGUCACAGAUAUUUAAUUAUUAUUAUUAUUGAAAAAUUAAUAAUAUCAAUUUGAAUGUAUUUUUAAUACAUAUUAAUUUAUGCAAAAUUAUUGCUAUUUAAUGAAUCCCUGGUUAUUAUAUAAGACUAAAUACUAUAGUUUUCUUUUAUUAUUUACAUUUUAUUUAUUGGACGACGAGAUUGAAGACCCGAAACUCAUUCAUCGCACUCAAUAUGCCGUCAAUUAAGUACUUGUGGGCCAUUAGGAGCUAUAUAUUUGCCUGGUUUUUACCACUGGUUCUCAUACCCAUACCAUUAAUGAUUGACACAUCGGCCGGCAAAUGCGCUUAUGUAGUAUUGCUGAUGAGUUUAUACUGGUUCACAGAAGCCGUUCCCAUAUCGGUGACGGCAUUACUGCCGAUAGUAUUGUUUCCAUUGAUGGGUAUCCUAUCGAGUGAACAGACAUCAAAAGCUUACGUAAAUGGCACAAUUAUGAUAUUUUUGGGCAGUCUUAUAGCUGCAGCUGCUGUUGAAAAAUCAAUGUUACACAAGAGGAUUGCCCUAAAAGUACUGCUCAUUACAGGGACAUCACCUAAAAGAUUGUUGUUUGGAUUUAUGUUUACCACUGCCUUCCUAUCGAUGUGGAUCAGUAAUCUUGCGUCGACUGCACUGAUGAUACCCAUUAUUAACGCAGCUUUGGAUCAAUUGAAGCACCGGAAGUCUAAAACUUAUGGCACUUUAACACAAAGCUCUUCAAACGUUUUAAACUUGGAUUACAAAGAUGGUGAACAUCAAACUCCGAUUAGAAAGCAUAGUAUUGCUCAAUCUAUAAAUAUUAGAAUAGAUGAGGAGGAAACACAUGAGUCUAUUAAAAAGUCGGUAUACCUGGGCGUAUGCUAUGCGGCCAACGUUGGCGGCACCGGUACGCUGACCGGCACAUCAACUAAUCUCGUACUUAACGGAAUACUCAAAGAAAAUCCGGUAUCAUUUUCCGAUUGGAUGAUAUUCAACAUUCCCGGUAUGUUUCUACUGGUAUUCAUCACUUGGGCGUACAUCGCAUACUUUUUUAUGAAAAAAUCGGAAGAUUUACUCACCGAUGAAAAAGACAACGAAGCCGUGUAUAAAGCAAUAAAAUACAAAUACGAUGAGUUGGGCUCAAUUAGUUUUUACGAAUCCUCAGUUUUGGUACUUUUCAUACUUUUAUUAAUGCUAUGGUUUUUCCGCGACCCAGACUUCAUGAAGGGUUGGGCUCUCUAUAUCAGUGAUUCACAUAACUUCAUAAAAGACUCGGCUCCGGCAUUAUUAAUUGUGAUAUUAUUUUUCAUAAUUCCGGCCAAACCGACACAAUUGAACGCAUCGCCAACACUAUUGGACUGGCGAACCACACAGGACUCGGUGGCCUGGGGUAUAAUACUUCUCGUUGGCGGUGGCUUUGCUAUGGCCGAGGGCUCGGAAAAGUCGGGACUAUCCACAUGGAUGGGCACUCAACUGACAGUAUUAGAAAGGUUUUCUCCGUUUACUAUAACAGUGAUUGUCUGCAUAAUAGCUCUGUUGCUGACAGAAAUCAUGUCCAAUACGGCCACCUGUACUGUAAUGUUACCCGUUAUUAAACGAUUGGCUAUAGAAUUGGGUAUCAGUCCUCUAUCGGUGAUGUUACCGGUCACCCUAGUCUGCUCCUAUGCAUUCAUGUUACCGGCGGCCUCGGGAACCAAUGCUAUCAUAUUUGAAUCGGGAAAAAUGAAAAAUAGAGAUAUGAUAUAUCCGGGAUUUUUCUUAAAAUUUAUAUGUAUGGCCGUAACAUUGUUUAUGUUGAAUACCUGGGGACCCAUAGUAUUGAAUAUGAAUAGUUUUCAAUAUAAUCAAACACAUAAUUAUUUUGGUGAAGAAAUGACAACUCUUAAAAGUUAAAUCAAUUCAUAUAAUUUAAUUACUCAUUUAAAUAAAUGACAUUUAUUU